CUCUCUCUCUCUCUCUCUCUCUCUCUCUCUCUCUCUCUCUCACUGUCUAUCCAUCCUUCUAUCUGUCCUCCUGACUGCAGUCUGCAUACAGUGCCACGCUGCUGCUGCUGCUGCUGCUGUGUGAUACGAGCAAGUGGGAGGAACAGCUUCCUCUGUUUUGCCUAAAAAAAAAAUGACGAGACAUCUUCUUGGAGCUGCUGCAGCAGGGGUGGAUUUGGCUUCCAGUCUCCUGCAUUGCACAAUCUUUCCUCUCUGCUUGGACAGAUAAAUAAGACAAAAGACAGAGCGCUGGGGCGAAGAGGAGAAGAGGAGAGCAGCAGCUACAGAGGAGAGGACGGAAAAGAGCCAUAAGCGGGGGUGAGGGGGUGUGGAGGAUAAUAGAUUAAAAAAAGAGAGAGAGAGGGAGAGAGGUUGAAUGGCAGAGGAGGUAUGAGGAGAGAGAGAAAAGGAGGCAGGGGUAGACACACAGGGAACAGAGGAUAGAGUGAUUUGCACUGCAGUAGAAUGAGGGUUAGAGAGAAAGAGAGAGCCGAGAAGCAUUCGAGCUGCCAGCCUUUCGCACGCCACUCGGGAUCCGUCGCUUUCUGAAGAGGCAAGAAGAGGCAUCCACCGUGGAGGCGAGAAGGAGACGGAGGAGGGGGGCCGAGGAGGAGGAAGCCAGAGGUUCCACACACAAGAUGGCUGCUGUGUCCUCUGCCUCUGACACUGGGGACCCCAGGGGCCGCCACCCCCCUGAGCGCAGACUGCUGAUCCUGGGAGGGCCACGGUCUGGUAAGACCUCCACCGCCAACAGCGUCCUGGGGGACGAGGUCUUCGACGUCGGGACGGAGACCACUCACAGCAACGUCGGCCAGACGGAGAUCUACGGCCGACGGGUCACCGUGGUGGACACCCCGCCGUGGGCCAUCCCCAGCGACCCGGACGACAGCGCAGAAGCCGACGACAACGACAACGCCGGCGCAGAGUCGGACAACCCGUCGCGGGCCCCAGCGAGCCUGGACAGCGAGGGGCCGUGCAUGGGGGCCAUUCUCUGCCCUCCCGGGCCCCACGCCAUCCUGCUGGUGGUGUCGGUCACCCAGCCCUUCGGUGACACGGAAAAGAGGGCCGCAGAUGAGCAGCUGGGGGCCCUGGGUGGAGGGACCUGGAGGUACUCCAUGGUGGUCUUUACUGGGGUGGACAAGCUGCCAAAAGGGGUUUUCAUUGAGGAGCACAUAGCGAACACUGGAGAGGCCCUGCAGUGGCUGGUGGAGAGAUGUGGAAGCAGGUACCACGCCUUCGAUAACACUCGGAAAGACACAGAAGACAACACACAGGUACCCGAGCUGAUGGAGAAGGUGGAGGAAAUGAUCACUGACAACCAAGGCUGGUACUUUGAGGUGAAUGAGUUGAUUUUACUGGAGGAGGAGCAGGCCAGGAGAGCUCUAGAGGAGGAGAGGAUGAGGAUGGAGGAGCACGCCAGGCAGAGGGACCAGAUGAUCGGAGGGCCUCCCAGAGAGUUGAGGCUGCUCUUGUUGGGCUGGAAGGGUGUUGGAAAGAGCUCGGUGGGGAACUCCAUCCUGGGCCGUCGGUACUUUGAGUCGGGCCAGGAAACGGAGCUGUGCCUUAGGAGGCAGGCGCUCGUAUCCGGCCGGCGGAUCACAAUCGUCGACACCCCCGGCUGGGACUGGUUCUCGGUGAGGCGUACCCCGAAGCGCAUCCGGCAAGAGUCCCAACGCGGAGCCGCCCUCCUGCGACCCGGACCCCACACCCUGCUGCUGGUCCUCCCCGUCGUCUCGUCCCUCACCGCCAGGAAGAGGCGGACGCUCCUGGCUCACAUAGAGACUCUGUUCGGCGACAGCGCGUGCCUCCACACCAUGGUGCUGUUCAGCUGUGGUGACUGGCUGGGCCGCACGCCCAUCGAGGAGCACAUUCUCAGAGGCGGGAGGGAGCUGCAGAGACUACUGGAAUACUGCGGGAACUAUUACCACGUCCUGGACAGUAAGAUUCCUGGCAAGGACAGGAGUGUGUCAGUCCUGCUGGAUAAGAUGGAGGAGAUGAUCAGAGAGAACGGGGACAAGGCCUUCCUCCCAAUACAGACCGAGUGGUUGAGCGAGGAGAGCUCCUACUCUUCUGACAACACCGAGCCUGAGGACGACUGUCGAGGAUGCCAGCUACAGUGAUGCCAUCGCACUAAAAAGGAAAGUGUACCGGCUCUUUAUCCUUGUUCGGAGUCCUCAACAGGCCCACCUCACAUAACCUAAACCUCAUCUAGAUAUCCCGCUCCAACUCCCAAGAGUUUUAGGGGAAACCGACGGCUUGGAAAAGGUGAAUCUCGACACGAGUCUAGCUCUUUGUUAGAAAAGACCGAGCUGAUCGCUGAGCAAAAGCCUCGACCUGGACUGAAAGCGCAAACUCUCCUCAAAACCCCCAAGAGGAGGAGAAAUAUUCUGCUUCUUGCUUCAAGGGGACCAGAGCUCGGUCCCUGUCCAUGAGCAUGUACACAGAUAUCAACUGCUGCUAAAGAGACCCUGUUUCAACACUGCAGAGUAAAGAAUUACUCGUCAUUGUUACUAUGAGUUCAGACCGCACUGAUAACAAGCUGAAAAUCAAAAACCAAAAGAAGACAGUAUUAUCACGGGCAGUCAGAUUUGGCGGUAGGAGUCACUUCUGCAGUAAGUUUGUCACUCUGGGUUAUUGGGAGACAAAGAGUAAUGGUUGCGUCCGAAAUUACACCGGUACUCGGUAUCGGCCGAUACCCAAGGCCCAGCUAUCGUAUCGGGACUGAAAAAAUCAGAUUGGUGCAUUCCUAACCACGACAGCCCUAAGUCGACAUAAACUACUGCUCGGUGCGUCUGAAAAGAUCCAUACUACUGUUUAUUCGUUGAACGAUAUGUAGUGCGCAGUAUGCGAUUUCGGACGCAGCCAAUGACUCGUAUCAUGAAUUUGGACCGGACUUUACAAUAUGGUCAUCCCCUUUCUACAUCAAGUGCCAUUUCUGUCAUUCACUUCGAAAUUAGUUUGAAUCGAAAAAGAAAAUGGUUUGAGCCAAACGUGCACAGUGUGACAAAAGAUAAUAAUGUGUACUGAAAAAAAGAAUUGUUUGUGCACUGCGGUAUCAUAAAAAGUACACAUUGAGACAUGAGUGGUAUUAAAAUUCUGGUCAUUACCGUUUGAUUAGUUUCUGCUCAGGGAGUCAGGGUUGAGUUGCUUCCUCCAGGGCAAAAUCUGGUGCAUUUACAGAAACGCUGAUUAAUGCUGAUUGCUAAACUGCAGACGUAAGUCACAUAUUAAUUCAGAGGGAUUUUUUAUUUAUUUUUUUCCUGUGAGUAUUUGCUUUAGUUUGCUGGAAGUAAACGACAGUCGGUGUUUUGCAGUUUGGUUGUAAUUGGUUCCCCCUUUGGUCGCUGAAAAACUAGAUCCAUCUGCAGGAGUAAAUAUGUAGUCAUUCUGAGCCCUCCUCUGCUGUAGCGUUCACGCUCGCGAGGACCGUUACAGUUAAAUUGAAACUGUGUGCAGUCUCAGAUCCCUGGUGCACCCAGUGCAUUUAUCGACAAGGUAGACUCAGCUACGUGCCUCAGCAUCAAAGCGUGAGAGUGGGAGUACUGUGCAGCCCUGCGGCAGGGCAGUAUCCUAUAGGCUACAUCAAGCUUUCGCAUGCUACAGAAAAAAAACAACAUAACCUCAUGAACCAUUGGAGCUCACACAGGGCUUUUACUACCUUUUUCUACAUCAGUGACACAUCUGUUCCUGACAUCAAUAAAAAAAAAAUUUAAAAUAUAUAUAUUCAGCUCUCAGAGGCAUGUUAAGACAACGCAUGCAGAUAAACGAGUGCCUAUAGAGUUGAAGGCAACCUCACUUCAUGUUCCUCUGACUCUUGUGAAUUUCUGGUAUGACAUCACAUCCCUCUACCUUUACGACUGCAAAAAAAAAAAAUUAAAAGUGGACAAUUCCCACUCUGGAAGGUAGAAAAUAAAGCAUAUAUAAUAUGUGACCGACACCACUGCCAUGCUGUUAUUUUCUACAAAUGAUGUAGCCUAUAAAAGAACCCCUGACACUGCUUCCUCCCUAUGCUUUACUGACUCUGUGCUUCAUCUAGUGACGUAGGCUAUACCGCAGCACUUUAUGUGACCAGCAUGACUUUACAAUUUGAUAUGAAUUCUGUCUCAGUCUUAGAGUCCCACUUCACCUGUGAAUAUUAUUGUAUAAGCCGUGUGUAUUUACAGUGUAAAACACGUUACAUUGUACGCUUUUAGCGAAAGCAUUUUUGCACUGUGUAAGUUUUACCACUUAACCGUGGCCAACGUGAUGUUACUUCCUGUGUGGUCCGUCCUAUAAAUGGUGAUUGCGUCAUCAGUACUUUGCUCAUCCCCCAGACAACAAUAAAAGAUAUGGAUAUAUUGUUGUGUA